AUGGAGUCGUCGUUGUUCGAUAACAGCUCGGAAAUUGUGGCCCGAGAACGCAGCGGACACACGGCUGUGGUGGAGGGCGACCUGCUCUACGUGUGGGGAGGCUACGCGUCUGUAGCUGAUGAAGAAGUGUUCCUACCCAAUGAUGAAUUCUGGGUGUAUGACCUUGGACAAGGCAUCUGGCAGGUGUUCCACAUGACAGGGGACAUCCCUCCUUUAAUGUCAGGCACCUGCGGCUGUCACCUAAACAAUCACAUGUACAUAUUUGGUGGAUGUAAUGAUAAUGGUCAGACUAACGAGAUCUAUCGCGUCAAGCUGACAGACCGUCAAUACGCAUGGACCAAAAUCGUACACCGCUUCGGUUCAGUGCCAUCGCCUCGAGACAAACUAUCCUGCUGGGUUUACAAAGGAAGGAUUAUCUACUUCGGAGGUUACGGUCACAAACUGCUGGCUGAGAUCGACAGCAGAAACAGGAGCUUCAUCGAAGAUGAUUCAUCAGAGGGCUUUGUGUGGGGAUGGAACAACGAAGUUCACAUAUUUGACCCCACCCAAUCUAGCUGGGCUCAACCUCAAACACGCGGCUGCACCCCAGCCCCCCGAGCGGCCCAGGCCUGUGCCACACUUGGAAAUCGGGGUUACAUUUGUGGCGGGAGAGUUAAGGAAACCAGAAAAAAUGACAUACACUGCUUGGACCUUGACACAUGGACGUGGUCAGAAAUAGUCCCCGUGUCCAACGUCCCAGUGGGGAGAUCAUGGCAUUCGCUCACAGCGACGUCUGACAGCACUUUGUUUCUCUUUGGAGGUCUCAGCAUGGACUGCAAACCUAUGAGUGACGGCUGGUUGUUCGAUGUAGACACAAAGACGUGGAAAGAAGUGGCACAUCAGUUUAAGAAUAAGCCAAGGUUAUGGCACACAGCUUGUCAAGGCAGGGACUCUGAUGUUGUUGUGUUUGGAGGCAGCUGCGAUUACAUCCUUCUUGUUGACACUGGCCACUGCAAUGAUGCUCUCGUCUUCCAGAUGGCGCCAUACCCUCUUUUCAGAAUUUGCGAAGACUACAUCGCAAAGAACGCAAGCAAUUGUGACGUUCUCCGAAAGCAGGUUCCUUUACUACCUCCAAAGCUGUGCACAGCAGUGAAGAGAAGAAUGUCUUUCUACAGGCCUUCAAAGAAAAAACACUCACACGUUCUGUAA